AUGGCGGCCAACUACCGGGGAGCACAGCUCUGCGGCUUUUCUGUUGACAAGACCUACGCGCUGGCCUGGUUUUUUGGCGGUGCCAUUGCCGGUAUUGCAGGUGUUUUUGCCGCACCAGCCAAAGGUGUGUCGCCGGAACUUUCCAUCAUCGUGAUUGCAUCGGCGUUUGUCGCUGCCGUGAUCGGCGGUUUCGACAGCCUCAAGGGCGCCAUUUACGGCGGCCUGCUGCUGGGCCUGAUUGAAACGCUGGCUGCGGCCUAUGGGUCCAGCGCCCUCAAGAGUGCGAUCAGCUUCCUGGUGCUGUUUGCCGUCAUGCUGUUCCGGCCCGAAGGCCUUUUCCCUGAAGCGAAGAAACGACAUGUCUGA